CGCUCCACUUUCUUCACCCUUUACGCUCAGGACACGAUGAGGCUAACAACACUUUGUGUGACCCUGUUGGUCAUCUCUCAUGUCUCUUGGACCACAGCUGACUCCAGUGAAGAAGUCCUCCUGUGGAAUAAGGAUUUCGGGCCUUGUGCUGUGACACUGAUUCCUGAGGGGCCGUGCAGACAGGAGCAGGAUGAGAACACGUGUCCAUACAUCUUCAAUCUGCCGCCGCUGACUCUCCACUUGCCAAAGCACCUCAGAGAGCUGGAGAAGAUUGUGCAAGAUGUUGAGAAUCUGAAGGACAAAGUGGAUGAAUUGAGGAAGAUGUGUGCAGAUUGUACAGUAAGCCAAAGUGAGAGAGAGUGUGGAAGAGAAAGAGAGCAUGAAAAGCUGAAUGAGGGUAAGGAUAACCAUAAUGACAUGAGGAAUUGCAGGAAUAACACAAAUCCUAAUGGACCAAAAGAUUCACAAUCUGAGUUUGGGACAGACAGAGUUAAAGUGGAAGGGACUGUGGAAGGACAGGGUGACACUGACUCAGAGAAAAAACACCAUUUAGAAGAGAAAGACAGAAAGAAAGCAGAGAGGGAGAGCAAUAUAAGGAUCAUUAAAAAAGGGACUCUGAAAGUAGUUCACAAAAAAGAUGUAAAAACUCAACAAAAGAUAGAAGGAAGACAAGGAAAUGACAAAUUUGGGCAGGCAAAGGUGUCAGGCUUUGGACAAAAUCACACCAUAGAUAUAAAUAGUGAAAAAGUUUUGAAAAAUAAUUCAAAGAUUGUGCUGGCAGUCAAAGGGAAUUCAGAGGGAAAUGGAGAAGAUUUGUUGGAAAAUGGAGAAGAUGCCAACACAAGAGAUGUAAAAAAUAACGAGAAGCUAGAUGAAAGUAGUCAUAACAUCUGGCGGGCUGGAACUAAGGACAAAGAGAAACAGACCCAAGGUGAAGAAGACAGAGUCAUUGAUAGAAUAAAGAUGUCAGAGGAUCACGGUGAGGACACAAAUGAAGAACAGGAGCAGCACAGGGAGGAGAGGGAAAAGGAAAUGGAACAGGAAAUACAAACGGAGAGACACAACAAGAAACCUAAAGACACUGAAAGUAUCACAAGUUCAGAAACAGAGAAGACCAUAAAGAAGGGGGAGGUGGGGGAGAAAGGAAAGGAGAUCAAAACAACAGUGCAGGCUGUUCAGCAAGACGGCGAUGGAGAAUUAGCAUCCGGAAAAGUAACUCAAAAGAAAGACGUUGUGUCUCUUCGACCAAAUCCUCACUCAGGACCUGAUUCCACAGAAUUGGACAGACCUCAAACUUUUACAUCUUUGUCAAAGACCAUUACACAAUUUAACACAGAGGUUAAUCAAGGGAUGGAAAUAAAUGAAUAUGGAUUUACAACAGAUAAUGUGGGCCUUGGAUAUGGGAAAACUGGCAUUCCUGAACACUUAAACACAGGUGAAGAUUCUGUAUUUAGGACCACAACUACAACAACAAAACUCUUGAUUAGUCCUUUUGUUAGCCUGAGAAAAAAUGUCAGAUCUGGGGUCACAUCUUCACCCAGUCUGAGACUUGAGCCAGACUACCAAGGUCCAGAGAGUUUGGCGACAUCAACUGAAACCACUACUGCUAAUUCCAAAAUAUAUGGCACAAUGUUCCCACAAAUCACAGGAUUCAUCCGCUGGAGCGCGACAAAGACUAUCAGCACAAACAUGAAACAGCCAAAGCCUGGAGAUAAACUCAAUCCUGAGAUUAAGCCUAAGGUGCUGCAAAAACAAAAUUCUGAGUAUGAUCCUAAACGUAACCGACCUCCUUUGCCUGAUAGAAGACCAGCACCUGCCCAAAAGCAAAAGCCUUCUCAUCAAAAACCAAUCACUGGCCAAAAAAACACCAAAAGCUCUAAAAAUGUCCAAAAUCCAAAGGCUAAUCAAAGACCGCUAACUCAAAAUCUAAACCACAACAAAACACUUAAAUAUGAUGGAGAAGAUGAACAAACACAGAUAAAAAUACAAAAGCCAAAAGUUUAUCAAACGUCUAUGUCUCCUACUCAGAAACAGAUUUUGCAAUACAAACCUGGAACUGUCAACACAAACAGUUCUGACAUCAGUCCUGCGUCUGAUCAAGAACCCAAAUAUGCAGGAAUUAACCAAAGCUCAAAAUCAGAGCAAAAGCCUCCUCAUCCUCUUGACACUCAUAACCCUGAACAACAGCAAAAAUUAGAUAAAAAGACAAACGAGGGAAAGUCUACAUUUGGUCAAGGGUUGAUAUCAAAUCAGACUUCCCCAUCUGUUCAAGAGCCUGGUCCUGUAACAGCAGCUAGCUUCACACCAAAACCUGACCUAAAUCCCAUAACUGAAUUCAUGAAAAUUGUUGAUCAAACAUUUUCAGCAAAAGAAAACCCUAAAUUUGGGCCGAAGCUUAAACCGGUUCGUGGUAAUAUACCUCCAGAACACAGGCCUAAACCCAACCAGAAAAUAUCCAAAAUUAAUCAAAAAGCAAAACUACCCCAAAUAAAUGUAACCGACCCAGACGCUGCACAAUCAACUAAACAUAACCAAACACACCCACAACCUGUUCAACCCGACCAGGCACCACAAACUAACCUAAAGCCUAAAAUGCCUGACCAAAAAAACAACUUUAACAUUAAAUCUGUGCGUAAUCAAGAACCUGAAGCAGAAUCUGUCAAAAAAUACAAACCAAAGCCUCCACCCAGAAACAAAAUACCAGUCAGACCUAAACUCGAGCUACCAGUAACCCCCCUUCAAACACCAAAGCCAGUGAUGCAACCGAAGAAAACCCAGAAAACAAAAACAUUAGAUCCUCUUCAGACAACUGGGAUUACUCCAGACAGCAUCCAAAACUCUGACAGGGACACGUCAUCUACUUCGAGUCCCGUAACAAAGAGUGCUAAAGUAAAUAAUUCUCAAGUGGACAGAGAUUUCAGUCCCAGCACCAUGAAAACAGUAACAAUGGGUCAAGAAACCUUAAACAGCCUGCUGGUUGGUCCACCGACUCACUCACACCCUGUCCAAGAAUUGGCAACGAGUCCAAACAGCCGGAUUACAUCUGAUCUGAAGCCACAAACAGCAGAUCAACCACCAUCGAUCCUAAUGACACUAAGCCCAAGCAAAUUUGGUGAUGAGAUGCUCCCACAUAUCAUCCCUAAAACCAGUCUGGGAACUUCAAAUUACAAUCAAGCUACUGAUAGUGACUCCAGAUUAGAAGAAAACAUAGUUCUCAAGGUAGAGGAAACAACAAAUUGGGACACAGCGACAAGUUCAAUCCUUCCAUCAAGGCUUCAAAGUAGUUCCACUGUCAGUUCUGACUUCAGGUCAUCAACCCCUGUCAUAUCUGACUUUGAGGCCACUGCAGCGACUCCAUUACCUCAGGAAUCCACUCCCAGUCCACGAGAGCUGCGUGUGAAAAUUAGCCAGCUGGCUGCUUCCUUCAACAACAGUCAGAAUCCAAAUGGCGGGUUGCCAGACAGCCAUCCAAAAGAGCAUCCUAAGGACAACAAGGGGGGCAGCCAGCCCGACGGGACACGCCGUAAACUCUCAACACUGAUACCAUCUAAAGUGAACAAGGAGAGGAGAGACUGCUCGGACCAUCUUAUCAGAGGGGAGAAAAAAAGUGGCGUCUACCAGGUGACCCCCCACCUUGGCAGCAGAAGCUUCACAGUGGUGUGUGACAUGGAGCUGCAUGGUGGAGGGUGGACCGUCCUGCAGCGUCGACAGGAUGGCAGCAUGAGCUUCAACAGAACCUGGGAGGAGUAUCGGUCAGGUUUCGGGGAGCUGAACGGAGGGGAAUUUUGGCUCGGUAACCAUCUGAUCCACCUCCUGACCCGUGACAGAAACAUGAUGCUGCGAGUGGAGUUGGAGGAUUUUGAUGGGGUUACAGGGUAUGCAGAGUAUGAGCACUUUAGUGUGGCAAAUGAACGGACGCAUUUCAGACUGACAGUAGGAGGUUACUCAGGCACCGCAGGCGACGCGCUUCGCUUCAGCAAAAGGUACAAUCACAACAACAGAGCUUUCACCACGCCGGACAAGGACCACGACCGCUAUCCAUCAGGGAACUGUGGGGCCUACUACAGCUCCGGCUGGUGGUUUGAUGCCUGCAUGUCUGCAAACCUUAAUGGGAAGUACUAUGUGGGACGUUACAAAGGAAUCCGGGACGGUAUUUUCUGGGGGACAUGGCAAAACAUAACAAAAGAGUAUUACCUCACUAAUGACAGACAGUCUUUCAAAAGUGUGCGGAUGAUUAUCAGACCUAAAGGCUUUGCACCAUGAGCUUUGACUGUCUGGACAUGCCUGAGGGGAAAAAGGAUGUUAUCCAAGCAUGACAGUGCUAAUAACUACAACUA